AUGUAUGUGUAUACAUGUACAAGUGUAUAUGUGGAUAUCCACACCCCGCCCUACCCCCUACAAACACGGGGUCCGGACUCUAGCGCAGCCGGGGCGCGUGUCUGCGCGGGGGGAGGGCGGCUCUGGAGUGCGCACCCGGACACAACGCCUGCUCCUGCCCCUCCGGCUCCCCCCGCCCCCCGGCUGUGCAGAGACCCGGCCUCCAUCGGGGCGGUGCCGGGCCGGGGCCGGCGCUGCCCCAGCGCUCAUGUCGGUGCCGCAGGGUGUCAAAGCGGGCCUGAGGCGGCCUCGACACGCUUCCUCCGCCGCCUGCUGCUGCCGAGCGCGCGUGACCGCGACACCCCCCCGCCGCUCCUGCCGCGUUUCCGGGGCGACGGACGGACGCAGUCCCGGCACUACCAGCAGCGGCGCGGGGCGUGGGGGACGGGGCCUAGGCGCGGGCACGUGACUCCCGCCGACCAGCCUGCGCUGCACUGCGCACGCGCGAACCCUCUGCUCCUUCCCCCCCUUCGCCCCGCUGUUGUGACGCAGCAUCCCGUGGCACAGGUGAGCGAGAAGCCAUCAUCCUGGGGCGGACGCACCACCCUAGCCUGCCAGGUCCAUGACUUCUGCCCCAAGGACAUGGCUGCUGUCUGGCUGAAAAAUGGGGAGGUGCAACCCCAGGAGACGAGCUAUGCAGGGGUCCUUCCCAGCAGAGGUGAGACCUACCAGACCUGGGCCACCAUCGAGAUUGCCCCGAGCAGCAACCACAACUACGCCUGCAGCGUGAGGCACGAGAGCCUGGGGGCAGCUCUGAGAGUGGCCUGGGACAAGGGCCGGACCGGCAACGCUAUCCUGGAGCUGUUGAAGGAGAAGGUGAACAAGCAGGCGUGGAGUGUACAUACUUUUUCCUAUCUUCAAGGCCGCGGGAAAGGUCCCAACCUUGGUUGGAAUUCAGCUGCUUCGGGUUCCAAUGGAGGUGAUACCUUCUUGCAGUGUGAGGCGUGAGUCUACAUUUGGUGACCCUGGCAACGAACAGCAGAAUUAGCGGUCAGAAGUACCUGGAAAGGUCCCUUCCAUCUGGGUUGAAGUGCGUUUUUCCAUUGAUAGACCUUUACGUAGACCCAAUCUCCUGCUUUAAGGUUGUGACAGGGAACAUCCGGUGGUUGAGGUAAGGCUUCUUGGACCUGGGCUGCAGCCUGAUGUUGAACCGGUUGUUGCUGAUGUGUGUGUCUCAGGAGAGCAGGGUUUGAACAAAGGUCCAGGAUAUCCUCUGCUGGCUCCGGCGGUGGGGGCGCCCCGGGCAAUGCUGGAUACAUCAGAGCGGUGGCCGGCGUGUAAUUUUGGGGAGCAGCCAAUUUCUCCCGAACAGCUUUGAACUGCUGUUUUAAUUUUUCUUGAGAGUCUUUUAGACUUCUAGUUUGAGAUUCUGUCCGCCUUUUGGACAUUUCAUCAUACCAAUAAAAGAAUGCAUCCCACUGGUUUUGUGGUGUUUUGGAUCCACGGGACUCUAAAGCCCCUCUUAAGUGCACUAUUUUAUCCCGAUCCAAUGUUCCUUCCUGUGGAAAAUGCUUUACGGGAUCAUCCCUAGUAUACCAGUUCCACUUAUCCAGGUACUUGCAAGCCUCGGGAGAAUAGUGUGUGUACAUGAAGUACGCCGGAGUCCCCUUAGGGGGGACGGGAACUUUUUUAGACUGACUUGUUCCCAUUUUCAGUCACACAGGGAGACGUAGGAGAGGCUUAUUUAGGAUGUCCGGGCCGCUCAGUGCCUUGCCCCGCAGUUUUUCACCGCCCAGACAAAAGGCUUCUGACCUGACACCGGCUCAUAAAAUGGAAAUGGGGAGGGAAACACAAGAGGGAUCCUUUCACUCCUGCUCUCGGCAGAAGCUACUGGGACAAGGGGUUUGGAAAAGACAAAAUCACUCAGACGCCCUGUCCACUGGGUCACGAGGUUCCAGCUGGGCCCCUUGCUUUCAACGCUACCUUUUUAGGCAGAAUCGGGGUGGCUAGACCCAGCCUUAGUCCCAGACCUGGUCAGUGGCUCAUUUUUCUAAAUGCACACACACACAUUCAUUCAAUAGCCAGAGAGAAAAAGACCAAAUCACUGGGAAGCCCUGUCCACUGGGUCACGAGGUUCCAGUUGGGCCCCCUUGCUUUCAAAAGUGCCCUGUCAGGCAGAAUUGGGGCGGCUGAACCCAACCGUAGUCUCAGACCUGGUCAGUGGCUCAUAUCUCUAAAUACACACACACGCGCAUUCAUUCAGUCAGCCAGACCUCCUCCCCCACACCGCCUGAGUUAAUUAACUACAAGCCCGAUGUGCUGUUGGAUGAAGGUGCUUCAAACAGUUUCUCCCUGAAUAAAACGUACGUUACCAGACACAAAAUUGGAUCCUUUACCAGACAGAAAAGUUUAGCCGGCAGUAAGGUUCAGACUGACCUGGGUUUUGUCAUUACCUCUGGUGACACGUGGGCAUGACGAUCUUGUCUUUUC